AUGCCAUGCUUGUCGCCCCCCCAGAAAUAUCGCUACCAAGAUGAGGACAGCCCGCCCCUGGAGCAGAGCCCGGCGCAUCUCCCCAACCAGGUAAAGGCCCCCGAGCUCGUCCACGUCUCGGAGAAGAACUUGUCCCAGAUCGAGAACGUCCACGGCUACGUGGCCCACUCCCACGUCUCCCCCAUGAAGGCGAAUUCUCCGCCCGUCAUCGUCAAUACGGACACGCUGGANGGGGCGGGGCAUCACUCCAUCGUCCGCCUCUACGUCAUGCGGCGUAAGGCCCUAGCCGAGAAGGUCAUGGAGGUGAAGCUCAUCAAGGGGCCCAAAGGUCUGGGGUUCAGCAUCGCGGGGGGCGUCGGGAACCAGCACAUCCCGGGGGACAACAGCAUCUACGUUACCAAGAUCAUCGAGGGGGGGGCUGCCCACAAGGACGGGCGCCUCCAGAUCGGGGACAAGAUCCUGGCGGUGAACAACGUCAGCCUGGAGGACGUGAUGCACGAGGAUGCCGUGGCCGCGCUGAAGAACACGUACGACGUCGUCUACCUGAAGGUGGCGAAACCCACCAACGUGUACCUCAACGACUCCUACGCCCCACCCGACAUCACCACCUCAUACACUAAGGCGCUGCCGCGUGGUUUGUGCCACCAGAGUUACCUGGGGACUGACUACCCACAAGCCAUUGACCCCACCUCCCCGGCCUAUCACCAUCCCCAGGAGAUGAUGGGGGAAGAGGACAUACCCAGGGAACCCCGUCGGAUCAUCAUCCACCGCGGCUCGACGGGCCUGGGAUUCAAUAUUGUCGGGGGUGAGGAUGGCGAAGGAAUCUUCAUCUCCUUCAUCCUGGCGGGGGGGCCGGCUGACCUGAGUGGGGAGCUGCGGAAAGGGGACCAGAUCCUCUCGGUGAACGGGGUGGAUCUCAGGAACGCAACCCACGAGCAGGCUGCCAUCGCUCUGAAAAAUGCUGGGCAGACGGUGACGAUCAUCGCACAGUAUAAACCUGAUGCCAUCGUCGAAGGCGAGAGUUUCGAGGAGAUCUACCACAAAAUCAAGCGGAUUAUCGAGGAACUUUCGGGACCGUACAUCUGGAUCCCGGCCCGGGAGAGACUUUAGGGGGACUCCCCGCUCGGCGGGACCUGCGGCCUGACCCACAAGCCCUUGGACUCGGAACUGAGCCGUUCGCUUUCGUUUCGGGGAGGAGGUUUCGGGAGGGGGGCGGGAUCCGGUCUAUUUCUUUCUUCUUCUCCUUUCUGAUUUAUUUUUUUUCUCACAAUCCUUCGCCCGGCUCCUGCCCCACUGCCCCCCCCAGCCAAGAUCUGCCCCCGUCUCUCUGCACCCAGCCCGCCCGCUUCGAGGAAAGCGCUCUGUGCAUGCUUGUCUUUUUUUCAAGAGGUGGUGGCUUGUGACGUCUGCGCUUCUGGCACUUCGCUAUUGUCCCAGUCCCCGCCGGGCCGCCCCCCAUCGGAUCCGGACCUGGGAUCCGAUCGAGGAGACGCGCUGAAGGACCAGAAAGGGGGUGGCGGGGGCGGGGGGGUGGAGGAGAAGAAGAGAAGAACAAAACGCGCCAAGAAAAAGGGUAGCCUGAAAUCGCCUCGCCAGAGGAUCGGAAACCGGAUUUAUCGCCGAGAUCCAAGGAGACUCUGUUCUGGAUUCGGCGCCAUGUGGACUCGACGCCGGAUUUAGCGCAUCCUUUGGAGGAUCGCAUGGGGGGUGGUGGGGGGGAACGAACAACAUGGAAGGAUAAAGCUGGGAAAACGGAUUUAAAAAAUCGACCAACCAACCCCUUUCUGAGACUAGGAAGUUUAAUUUUUUUUGUUGGCCGGGGACAGAGGUGAAAAUUACCCAUGAUCCUCCUUGAUCUUUCUAGCCAACUGAAGGGCAACUUUCUUUCUAAACCAACACAGGAAGGCGUGUUGGCGAGAGACACCCCCCCCCAGUGCCGUCUCCGAAAGGCAGGCACUUCGCCGAUUUUUUUUCCGCCCUCCCCCCCGCAAGACGGAUCGGACCUGUUCUUUUCUGUUCCUGUUUUCUCUCUCGCUCUGGUUCAUCUCCUUCCCUUUUCGGCGCAUGGUGGCUUUAAAAAAAAAAACGAAAAAAACAAACGGGAAAAAAAAGCAGCAGGAAAACGUGACCAAAAAAA